UGGCCAUAAAAACGACUAGCAGCCUGGGAACGGAGGCAGGAUUUCAACGUGAUGAUCAUAAGACCAGUCACAGCUUCCCGCACAUCGAUGCCACUAUGGAUAGUUGCCCUCAUCGUGUUUGGAGUGUUGGCAAUUCUGGGAAUAACUAUUGGUCUCCUGGUUCGUUUUCUGUCAGUAGAAAAUAGGACUAACUAUUAUCGAGGAAGCUUUGAAGUGCUAGAUCUUCCAUACAACAGAAAUUAUGAAAGGGAGACAUCGCAAGAAAAUAACUACCUUAGUAAAAUCCUGGAAAGUAAAAUGGUCGAUGCAUUUCAAAGUUCUGAUAUUUACAGACAAUAUAUCAAUUCCCAAGUUAUCACACUGGUUCCCAAUGUCAACAGAGUGACAGCACACAUAUGGCUGAUAUUCAAGGAUUCCAAAGCAAAGAAGGAAAACACAAGAAGAAGAAUUGGGAGCAUCUUACACCAGAUGCUGAGGAGCUGGUCGGGAUCCUUGACCACAGACCCCACCUCCCUCAGGCUCAUGGAAAUCAGUAAAGCCGAUGCUGAAAAAAUUAUCAACAGCCGCUGCGGGAGACGCGCCAGGAUGUCUGCCACGUACGACAGGAUCAAGGGAGGCUCCACGGCGCAGGAGGGAGAGUGGCCGUGGCAGGCCAGCCUGAAGAUGGACGGCAGGCACUACUGCGGGGCCACGCUGAUCAGCGAGGUCUUCCUGGUGACUGCGGCUCACUGCUUUACAAAGACAGAUAAUCCAAAAAAAUUUACUGUUAGCUUUGGCACUGAAGUAACUCCUCCCUACUUGCAACAUUACGUCCAACAAAUCAUUAUUCAUGAAGGCUACGUUAAAGGUGAACAUCAUGAUGAUAUUGCAAUUAUACGGCUCACUGAAAAAGUCUUAUUUAAAAAUGAUGUGCAUCGAGUUUGUCUUCCUGAAGCCACACAGACAUUUAUGCCUGGUGAAGGAGCUGUUGUCACAGGAUGGGGAGCACUUUCCUAUGAUGGUAAAUUCCCAGUGUUACUUCAGAAGGCACCUGUGAAAAUUAUCGACACAAACACAUGUAAUGCUGAAGAAGCAUAUGAUGGCAUGAUACAGGACACGAUGUUAUGUGCUGGCUACAUGGAAGGAAAUAUCGAUGCCUGCCAGGGUGACUCUGGAGGACCACUAGUUUACCCUAAUUCUCGAAAUAUUUGGUACCUCGUUGGCAUUGUGAGCUGGGGAGAUGAAUGUGGCAAAAUCAAUAAGCCAGGCAUCUACACGAGAGUGACAACCUACCGCAGCUGGAUCGCCUCCAAGACUGGAGUCUGAGGGAAAAGCAUCUUGUAAAAUUAACACUGGUCAUGACUCCUAGGCCUGACUUAGCAUGCUUUUCAAAUUAGGGUACACUGGAAUUAUGACCUGAGGGAAGUUUUGUGAACUUUUUUUAUUUUUAUUUUUGGCUGGUACUGGGGAUCGAACUUGGGACCUUGUGCCAAACUUG